AUGAGCGUCGUGCAGAAUCGAGCACACUUGGAAUCUGAGCUCGUUUCGUUUAUCGAGGCAUACGAGCUGGCCAACAACAGCCACGACAUCUCACGCGUUAUGCCGUUCAUCGCCGAGGAUGCCACAUACUGGUUCUCGGACGGUUCGUAUCGAGGGAUCGCAGAGAUCCGAGCCGCAAUCGAGAAGACAUUCUCGAAGAUCGUCGACGAGGUGUACAAAGUUCGGGACCUGGAGUGGCCAGUGGUAACGACCGAAGUUGCCGUGUGCCGCUACCGGUUCGCCUGGACUGGAAUCGUGGGAGGGGAAGCCCGCUCCGGUCUGGGGCGCGCUAUCGAGAUUCUCACGUCCCUAUUGCUACUGCACCUCGACCGUAAGAUAAGCGGCGGCAUCGCCUACUACUGGUGCCACACUGAGGUCAUUGGAAGGAAGUUUGUGUUCUACGUCCCUACCCUUCUAUUACCUUCCAUGAUGUUCUACGGGCCAGGCCACACAAUUGAUAGCCUGGGAGAUGGAACCGAUGCGUGGUGUGUCCUGAAAGUACCCGCCAGGCCCACUGAGGUACUGGCUGGUGUAACAAGCCCGUACUGGGUACGGUCGGCUGUGCCCGUCGCUGUCCUCUAUGAACCUGCGAGUACCUGA